ACUAAAGAAAUGAAGAACACUUUGUUAAAAGGAAUUGUGUUUUAAAAUUAAAUGUUCAGCGAUUGCCAUUGUAUCUCAUUUAAAAAAGACGUACUACUGCUCAUUUGGGAAUAAAGCGGACGAACUAAGUGCAUGUAUAACUUGACGAUUCCUCAGGUGAAACUUGAUAUCAAAAAGAACUGAAAUGAUGUUACAGACUGAUAUCCUGCUUAAAGUGAUACUUUUUGUUUGUGUUGGUAUAUACACAGUAAUGGCGACUGGUCAACCCUUUAGAAAUAAAGAGACUGCCACUGCAUUUGGCGAUGCCAACAAGGCUUUCAUGUUGAGUCUUUUGAAACAAUUACCACAGGCAUCGAACGUUUUCUAUUCGCCUUUCAGCAUUUCCACUGCUUUGGCCAUGGUCCACUUGGGAGCAAGAACAGAUACUCUAAAAGAAAUGGAUCAAGUUCUUCACUUUGACAAAAUGGGAAAAGAUACCCACUCAGCUUUUGGGGGUUACCUAGAGUAUUUGUCCAAGGAAACUGGUGAUAUUAUCCUUAAAACAGCAAAUAAGAUCUAUCAAAGCAUGAAGCUUAAGCCUCAAGAGACAUUCAUGAAAGAAUGUGAAAAACAUUUCAAGGCAGCAGCAGAAUCAAUGGAUUUUUCUCAGUCAGCAGUAGCGAGUUCGAAAAUAAAUUCUUGGGUUAGUCAACAAACAGAAAACAAAAUCCAGAAUCUGGUUCCAGCAAAUGCAUUAAAUACUCAUACAUUCAUGGUUCUCAUCAACGCUAUCUACUUCAAAGGGAAUUGGAAAAGUAAAUUUCAGUCCGAGGAGACUAAAAAAAUGGAAUUUCGAAACGAAAAGGAUAAUUACAUGACUGACAUGAUGUACCAGAAGGAUUCUUUUAGAUACUGCCAUUUACCCGAUAUGCAAAUAAAGGCCCUUGACAUUCCAUACCAAGGUGAUAAACUAAGCAUGCUCGUUCUUCUACCAAUGGCUGUGGAUGGACUAAAUGAUCUGGAAAAGAAGCUAUCCGAACAUCUCCUCAAUGACGUAAUCAGCAAUCUCGAGGAGAACAAUGUCGAGGUGUAUCUUCCAAAGUUCAAAAUGGAGAGUACGUUUGAAUUGAGGCCCUACUUAUCAGCUAUGGGGAUGUCAUCUGCUUUUGACGCGAAUAUCGCGGACUUUUCCGGAAUGGACGAAGGCAAAAAUGUGUACAUUAACGAAGUGUUUCACAAAGCGUUCGUAGAGGUGAACGAAGAUGGGUCAGAAGCCGCCGCUAUGACAUUGGUGUUGAUGGAUUGCUCUAAUCAUAUAACACAUGAGUUCAGAGCCAACCAUCCCUUUCUUUUCUUUAUCCGCGAUUCGGUUAAUGACGUCAUUCUUUUUUCAGGCAGAUUCAACCAACCAGUGGAAACGCCCGGUAAAGACGAACUCUAAAUUGUGGUUAUGGUGAAGAUAUACUUUGCUGUCUGAAUAAAUAUAUUUCAGACGAUCGACGAAGUAUAGUAAGAGGUGUUCGACAGAGUGAGAGAAUAAAUGAUCCUAACAUUGCUACCAGAAAUCAUAUUCACACAAAUGGGCCGCAAAAAUAUGAUUCUGGUAAGAAUCAACAGUGGUUGUUAACAAAAAACACACCACAAAGAAGACAUUACCAGUUGGUUGUGCAAAUUUUCAUGAUAAAUUUCAAUAUAUUUUCAGCAACACGUUUUGAUUUUUAACAUUUCACUAUUAUUAUUAGGAAUCGAGUUCGUUACUGUAAGCAUUUCAAACGGCAAUUAUAUGACCAUUGCCAUAGAAUGAAGUAAUGGAGAACACAUUGAUUUUUACAUUAUUCUAAUACAAAGAUUAACUCAUCAUUAUUCUCAUGGAGAUUAUGUAUUUCAAACCAUUUGGAUUUUUUUGUUACAUUGUAUUGAAAAAAAAACUUAAUGCUUUAGUUUAUAUGAGCUCAAGGGACCACAUAGUAAAAUAGAAAUGGGUUAUUUGAAAGGUUCAUGUAAGAUCAUGAUCAUCCGGUAGAAUUUGCACAAUUUUAAAGCUAAGAAAAAGCUGGAUAAUUUUUUCCUAAAUGGUAUUAUAGAUCACACUUCAGUUUAUGACGAUAAUCAUGGUUAUUUAAGUGCAUUAGGUUCCCAAAAGAAUUAAAAAAAAUCAGGUAAGCUGGAAUUUUCAGGUCGAUUUAAAAUUUCAGUUCUUUCAUAUUUUUCUUAAAUGAUUGAUAUGGGUGUAAUUUCAUGAUAUAUGUCUACCAUAAUUCACAUGAAAAUAUAAUAAAUACACACACAAAGCCAUUUUAUUCAAAUUUAUUUUUAUAUAAAUUUCAUGUCAAUCAGGUCGUAAGUAUUUCAGGUUUUUAGUAUAUCCCGUAUACCAACCCCGAUACAUUGUUUUGAAAGAAUGGACUGAAUGGAAGGAAUACAAAAUAUUUCAGAUAGAAUAUAGUCUCAAAAAAAAACCCACGUCUAACAGGACAGUCUAUUGCCUACUUUACAUUUACGAGUAAACAAAAAAUAUGUAAUAUUUUUUAAAGGCAUUAAACAUAUUUCUACAUGCAAAUUUACUUUUCAUUCAUAAAAAUAAGCAUGAUAUUAGUUUUAAAAAAAUAUCCCACAGAAACGCAGUAACAUUAAAUAAAUGUAUAACAAAUAAAGGACCGCCUACCGGCGGCCCGUAAUAUCUAAUUAUAAUGUGUUCGACAUUUUUAUGUAUAAUUUCACAUUCAAUUAUUGAUCCGACUCGAAAAAGUUUAAUACAUAGGUUUGGACUCUUUCAUCGUCAAUGCGAAAAAAAAUUGAAAUCCCAAAUUUUUAUAUUUUCGAUGAAGUUAAAUAUUUUGCAUUUAAAAGCAAAUAAUUGGGAAAUACGUUCUCAACAGUGUCCUUUUCCUGAACUCUAUAUACUAGUUAAUACGCUACCUUUAGUUUUGAUUUACACUCCUCCUUCGAACCACGUUGUGUCUUUUUGGGUUAAACUUUACCGAAUAAAUGUAGAUUUUGGUUUUCAAUUUAAGUUUAAUCCACGCAUGUGGAAGUUGUUUAAAAAUCAUGUACCUGCUGCUCCUGAUUACGAUAAAAUGCAAAAUAUUGAAUGGUAAUUAAAACAACAUCUGAUUUCUUUUUUAAGACGUUGAAAUUCAAAUUCCUAUACUAUGGAAUCAGUAACAUAUGUAGCAUCACUCUUUGACGAAUUUCAUUUUUAACACUUUCAUUAUUUCGUGAACAUUGUUGCUUGAUAAAUUAAUUAAUACUUUUAAUAUAACAAAAUGAACAUAAGAUUUCUCAGUAUGCAGAUGAUACUUCACUCAUCUUAGAUGGUUCACCAAUGUCAGUUUUCGCAGCUCUUGAUACUUUAGAAUUUUUUUCACACAUUUCAGGUUUGAAGAAAAACAGCUCGUAAACAAAAAUUGUAUGGAUAGGUUCUAAAAAAUUUCCUAAUGAAGUUUUUCACCAUUCACGUUGGAAACUCGAUUGGGGCUCCACUUCUUUUAAUUUACUUGGAAUAGAAUUUUCUGUUGACUUAGAUAAAAUGACAUCACUAAAUUACAACAAACAACUGUCAAAAGUUUUUUCUCUUAUUCAACAAUGGAGGAGGAGAAUUUUAACUCCCAUUGGUCGUAUCACAGUUGUAAAAAGUUUGAUUAUUCCAAAACUGAACCACCCGUUUAUUUCACUUCCAAAUCCAAUACAAGAUGUCAUUCUAUCUCUUAGUAAGAGUCUGUUCGAAUUCAUUUGGAAUUCAAAGUGUGAUAAAGUUAAGAGAGAAAUUGUUACUCUCGAUUACCUAAAGGGUGGUUUAAAAAUGGUUAACAUUUCUAACUUCAUGGCAUCUCUUAAAUGUUCAUGGAUUAAGAAAUCAACUCAAGGCU